AUGUCUCAAACGGUAAGUAAGUAAGUAAGUGUGUGUGUGUGUUUGUGUGUAUGUGUUUAACAUUUUUUUUUACCUGUUUAUAUUCGAAUAAAACUAUGCUGUAUAUUUAUGUAUUUUUACUUUGCGUUUCAGAUUGAUAUUGUUGAUCUCAUCAAGUCUUGUGAGAGUGAGAGCGCUCUUGAGUUUUUGGAGCAAUCGUUGGUGCUCACAGAGGAGCAGAAACGGCUUGUCCUUCAACAGAAGAUUAUGUUUUGGACCAAUGCUAUGGCCGAAGUUAUCCAACAAGAGAUUGAGAUGCCAGUCGGCGUUGUGCCUGGUUUGAUGGCAAAUUGGACUGACGAGGAAAAAAGGCAAUUCAACGAGGAUUGGGCCAACGAUGAGUUCUUGUGCUAUGCUGAGGAACAACCCGAGAUCCCUGAAGCACUCGAAAGCCAAGUUGGUGAAGGCAACAAACAAAGGAGGAGCAACAACACGAAACCCGAAGAUUCCUUCACCAUCAAGUCAGUGAAGCAGGUCAAUGUCCGAACGUUCAGGACUACAGGUACCAACUACACUGUUCAGUUUAAACCUUUAAACAUACAUGGGGUAUCUGAUGUUAUGUCAAUAUUAAACAGUGCUUUUCUGCAUUUAACUGUUUAUAUGUCUCUUCAUGACCACGUUCGCCUUAUCUUGAGUUCCCACCAACUUGACCAUCCCAUUUCUUGACCUUUCCUUCCGCGAGACCCCCGAAAAAUUCCUGGCCGCUGUGGAGAGAGUCAUGCAACACUCAAGUUCACCUUAGAUGAAUCGGUGAACGUCAACAUAGUUCAACCGUGCUGAGAACCAGAGCUACAUUGGACCAUUUCCCGACACCAAGUUUUACGGUCCCGACAGUAUGAAGCCUGAUGAUCAACAGAAAUUCUACACAUGGUACAACAACCUCCUCGAACGUGACUACAACUUUGACUUCCAAGCCAAACUCCUAAGCUAUUGCCAGUCCGAUGUCGACUUGAAUUCUGUGACCUGUUUUGUGAAGUCACUGACAUCGAUCCGUUUGCCUCUUGUCUCAUCAUCGCCUCUGCUUGUAAUCUCAUCUUUUGAAAGACCUUUCUGAAAGAGAAUACCAUUGCUAUCAUCCCAGCCUGUGGUUAUACACCAGAAAACAAACAUUUGAUGAUUGCGCUAAGAUGUUAACCUGGAUUGCCCUACGAGACGACAUUUCGAUCCGUCAUGCCAGUAACCAUGGUGAACAACAGGUGGAAAGAAAAGAUUCAGUUCCGGAAAGAUGCUGGAUAUAACGUUGUGGAAAUUUGGACUUGUGACAUCGGCCGACAACUCGAGACUGACCCCGAGAUGAAGACCUUUUUUGAACGCUUCGAGAUCUCUGAGCCCCUACAACCUCAAGAAAGUUUCUUCAUUGGGAGGACGAACUCGACUCGUUUAUUUUAUUUGCUCAACCCGACUAGAAAGUCCACUACGUGGAUUUCUGCAGUUUAUACCCAUGGUAUGUAUUUCGAUAUGUUUUUGUUGUUUUUUCUUUGUAGGAAUAUUCUGAUGUAUGUAAAAACUUUUAACGUUAAGGUAAAAUGUACCUGUCAUUGACCUUAGUAAUAACAUCACUAUUAACAUUAGGUGCAACAAAUAUGGCGACUACCCACUGGGUCACCCAGAGAUCAUCACAGAGAACUUUGCUCCCAUCGACACAUACUUUGGUCUGGUGAAAUGUUCUGUUCUUCCUCCUCGUAGUCUCUACCAUCCCGUUCUACCACACUGCACUGAAGACAAGUUGAUGUUUCCGUUGUGUCGCACCUGCACUGACACCCUGCAACAAGAACCCUGUAACCACCUUGACGUUGACAGAGCUCCACAUGGUACCUGGGUCACUCUCGAGUUGCAGAAAGCGUUGGAGAAGGGAUACUGUUUGUUCAAGAUUGAUGAAGUUUGGCACUCUCCUAAUCAAACAGAUGGCCUUUUCAAAGACUACGUGGAUACCUUCCUCAAGAUUAAGCAAGAGGUAAGAUAUUAAUAUUGUUUUUCAUAUGUUACUUAUCAAUUAUGACUUAUUAUCCUUACUCUUACUCUUCUUCAGGCAAGUGGAUAUCCUGCAGAUUGUGACACUGAGGAGAAAAGGGCGCAGUAUAUUGCAGGAAUUCAGUCAUUUGAUACUGCUAAGCAUUUUAUGGAUGGUUCUUAGUGUAACUGGUAGACAACAAUUUUGCCAACUGUCCACUAAUUACAUUCUUCGACUGUGGUACAACUAUUACUAAUGGUGGAUCAGUUAUUUAUUAGAUAAUUACUGAGCCUGAGGCCAUGCAACAGCAUUAUUGGAUAUAUUGCAGCCAGCUGAGGCCGAAGGUAGAAGCUGGCUGCAAUAUAUCCAAUAAUGCUAGUUUGUCCAAAGUAAUUAUCUAUAGUAUUAUCAUUACCAACCAAAAUCAAAAGUAAUUAUUUUCGGCUUGAAGACUACGUUGCUGCUUGUCGGGACUGUAUGACAAUGAACCUAUCUAACGUUACAUUAGACAUUUGUGAGGACAUGCAUGUAAUACAUCAUGAUAGAACAUAUUUCAGUUUAAUUAAUCGCCCUAAAUUAAAAUCUCCACAAAGCGGAGGUCAAUUAUACUGUUCUAGUUUACAUAUUAUCAUUAAUGAUAAGGUUAAUUCGAAGAACAUGUUAAACUGGAUAAACACAGGAAUAUAAGUAUGGUGUGUUCCCCACAUGCGUAUAUCUAGGAUAAAACUACAAGUCCCACAAGCGCAAACAAAACUAUUUCUCUAUAAAAUUGAACUGAAAGGACACACAGCAACCGUUUUUGCCAGUGCUUCAGGCGCCCGAUGAUAUUGUAUGAGGGGCCUUUAGCACUGUCACCUCUUCUUGAGAUGUUCAUGUUAUCGUGUGUACAUAUAAGGUGACGAAGAUACAUAAUGCAUAAUUCAUUAUGCCUCGUUCAGUUAUUUUAGCAUAUUUGAGGAGUUUACCGUUGAAAAAUUCAAUUUUAUCAACUUUUUAACUUUAUAGAUCAAAUUGUUUUUAUUUAAUACCAUGGUUUCAACUGAAUGCAUUUCCAAUGCUUCUCUUGUGUAGAAAUAGAAUCAACUGUGGCAAGUUGUUGAAUCUAGGUAUAACACAGAGAGACAAUGCCUUAGCAAAACCAGAUGUGUUCCAGAAAUAG